UGAGAGUUGUCAAAUUCAACGUGUAUAUUGCACCUCACGUUACAGCUGUUUAUUUCUUCCAUGUUCCGUGUUGCUUCGUUUCAAAAUUCUCCGCCAUAAUGUUGAUUUCCACAAUUUUAAUCUCUCUAUUUGCAUCGGUGGCUCUCUGUUCAGAUGUCAUUGAGCUCACCGAUAGCAGUUUUGCAUCCGGUGUAAAAGACAAGGAUAUUAUGCUUGUAGAAUUCUUCGCCCCGUGGUGUGGACACUGUAAGAAACUCGCUCCCGAGUACGAGACUGCGGCUACAAAACUAAAGAAAGAAGACCCGCCAAUACCACUUGCCAAGGUUGACUGCACUGAGGCAGGGAAAGAUUCUUGUAGUAAAUAUGGUGUCAGUGGUUAUCCUACACUCAAGAUUUUUCGCAAUGGAGAAAUGUCAAAGGAUUAUGAUGGACCUCGUGAUUCUGCGGGUAUUAUUAAAUACAUGAAGAAGCAGGCAGCACCCUCCUCCCAAGAAAUCAAUGAUCUGGAAAAGAUGAAGAAGAAACUUGAUGCAAUGGAAUCUGCUCUUGUUGUUGGUUUCUUUGAGAAGGAUGAGGACCUUAAAACUGAAUUCAUGAAGAUAGCUGAUGAAAUGAGGGACGAUUACUACUUUGCACACACAACAAGUGAAGAAAUUUUGGCAGAUUUGGGCCAUAAAGAUCAAGUGGUUAUUUUCCGUCCCGCACACCUUCAUUCAAAGUUUGAACCAAACAAAGAAGUCUUUACAGGAAUGGUCGAUGCUUUUUAUAUCAAGAAGUUUCUCAAAGCUUCAGUCCAUGGACUCGUCGGUCACUUGACUCCAGAUAAUGAAGAUCAAUUCAAGAAACCCCUGUGUACCGUUUAUUACGAUGUUGAUUUUCAACUUAAUGCAAAAGGUACACGAUAUUGGCGUAAUCGAAUUCUGAAAGUUGCUGCCCAGUUCAAGAACAAAGUGAUGACCUAUGCUUUUGCAUCCAAGAGUGAAUUCUCUGGAAAACUUGACAAAUUUGGUUUAUCCUCUGAGGGUAAUGAUGUUUUGGUAGCUAUAGUGAGUGAUGAUGGAAUGAAAUAUCCCAUGAAAGAAAAAUUCAGUGUGGACACCUUCAAAGAUUUCCUCACCAACUACUUUGCGGGAAACAUUGAACCUUACAUCAAAUCUGAGCCAGUACCAGAGACCAAUGAUGGCCCUGUGAAGGUUGUCGUUGGCAAGACUUUCAACGAGAUUGUUAACGAUGAAACAAAGGAUGUUUUGAUCGAGUUCUACGCUCCAUGGUGCGGCCAUUGUAAGAGUUUGGAACCAGUCUACAAAGAAUUAGGAGAGAAGCUGGCUGACGUAAAAGACAUAGUUAUAGCUAAGAUGGAUGCCACAGCAAAUGAUGCACCGUCACCUUACGAAGUUCGCGGUUUUCCAACAAUUUAUUUUUCACCAAUGAACAGCAAGAAGACGCCUAGAAAAUACGACAGCGCGCGAGAUUUAGAUUCUUUCAUUGAAUAUCUAAAACGUGAAGCUACGAAUCCAUUUGAAGUUCCCGAGAAGAAAGAGAAAAAGAAGAAGAAGAAAGACAAGAAACAGAAAGAUGAACUUUAAACUGUGGUCCCUUCAAACAUUUUGUAAAACUAGAUUUAACAAAUUUAGGCUUUAUCUAACAUUGAAACUUUUUUAUUCGUAGGCGUGGGGCCUGGAACCUAAUUCUCCCAGUCCCACUCCUCCCUCCCUCCCUGUCUUUGUAAUUUGCGGUCUGUGGUGUAACUUUUAAAUCUCAUUCAAUGAUGUUACUGAGGCGUGAACUAUUAAAAUAUCCUGGUUCUGUUUUAGAUUUAUGUGGAAUUAGGGUAUAUUUUGGCUGUGA